AGCCCACUGUGCCCUACUUACUGCAAAAUACUAGUCAAAACGGCAGCAGAUGGUGGCUCAUAUGUCAGGCGUACAUGAGCUUUGUGUACAGUUUUUUUAUCCAGAAGACGCUGUACAUUUUGCUGAAUAUACGGAAUAGAAAAUUCUGGUUUGAUGGAUGGUACUUGAAAAGGGCUUGGAAGUCAGACAUAGACUAUAUGUCUGGUGUUAGGCUGCAGCGCAAUAACAACUCGGAUGCGGAUGAAGAGGAUUUACUGGACAAGGUACAACCUCAUUUAUCUCCCGUCAAUAUCUCUUCUCCACAUCAAGGAGCUGACCACCCAUGCGCUUGCAUCCACUGCCAUUUUUUGGGUCAAAAACGUGCCAGGACGUUGUCACCAGGGUCAGUGAGGUCACCAGACCCCACGAUUUCUGAUCUAUACCACUCCAAAUCCUUUACCCUGUCACCCGAUAUCAGCCAACGAGAGAUACUUUCCGAUUCAUCAGAUGUUGCUAUACAGUCCAUGGAAAAAUCACCAACUGCGGGUGGAGUUUGGGCUUGGGAUACAAAGUACAUACCACACCAACGCCCACAAUCUCCUUGGCUCCCUAGUGGAAGUCUUUCGAGAUUGUAUCUUAAAAGGUACACUUGUCGUUCCUGUAAGCACAGAAGAAAAGGCACUGUACGAAAACGCUUGAAGCCCAGUAACCAUAUUCCAUGUUGCAAGGAUGCACUGCGAAAGCGACUUCAUCCUAAGUAUGUAAUACUACGGUCAGCAGAAGCCAGCCCUCAUGACUGGGAGUUUGAACCCAAGGAACGAAUUCCCAGAAUGAAUGAAGAGGAGAGUUUUUAUGGGCACUGCCAGUUACUCGAAAAACAACUGCUAACAUUUGGUGACAGUUUGGUGGAUCCACGCUCGAAAUCAGUAGACGUGAACUUUGGUCUUGUCAUCUCACCACCACCUGCUGGCCGGUCUAUAUCCGCCGGCCAAUAUCAGUCCAAACCCCGACAUAUUUUAACGCCUACUUCAGAAAAGGAUGCAACCUCCACAAGUGCUGACGCCAGGUUACUUGGUUUUGGUUCACCGACAAAGGUCUCGGUUGACAGCAGGUCAAAAACGCCGGCGAAAUACCCACUGAAUCUUAUACUUCCAGUACUCAACCCUCCAAUCGGACCCACUAGCGAUCAGAUGAAUCGCAUACUCCGACGACAUUGUCAUCAGCGGGUGAUUGCAUUCAAUGACAUUGAUGGACUAUUCUAUCCUGGCCUUGUUCAGAAGUGUGUGACACCAGAAACAUCAGUCAUUCGGUUUCGUCACAACGGUCUAUUUUCCGAGGUGCCGAAUAUGCUAACCCUCCCAAUCCUCGACAUAGUGCACACACAGGCACUAAACGAUGGGGACACUGCGUUGGUACGCGUGAAAAAUCUUAACACAAACUGUGAAUGUUGGGUUCCCGCACGCAUAAUCGGGGGCUUUUUGGGCUCACCAGAUCCCAGCUUUCCACUCCGCCAUCGGUAUCAACUCAAAUUGUUCAGUGGAUCAAAGCAUGUUUUCCGUCGGCGAGACGUCCUGCGAAUCAGUCCUCUAUUCUACAAAGGUCUCUUGGACUACAUCAGAGCAAAGCGCGGUGGUGAUCUGCCAGAUCAACCGGCAGCAACUGGUGAAGAACCUGCAAAGCCUAAAUUGAAGCUGCGCAAACGUCAAAAACCCCAGUCGGCUGCUGUAUCUCCGCGUUCCAUUCCAAGGCCUCGACCGAAGAAAGUGAAAAAAGAGAAUGAAACGACACCGUCGGCCUCCAAGGCAGUGUCGCCACUGCCACGAAAACUACCACAGUCAGCCCCACCCCCACCACCACCACCACCACUACCGCCACCGCCUCCGCCUCCUCCUCUACCCAGAACACCUUCAAAGACAUCUCGAAAACUUGGAGAAACCAGCUUCCCAAGGCCACCGCAAAAGCGCCCUCCCGAAAAACAAGAUAAAUUCAUUGCGCCUCCCAAACCACUACAACUGCCAAAUAAAACAUCCAAUAAACCGACGGAGUUGUCAAGUAAGGCCCCCAAGAUUGCACCACAGCCACCGCCAUCAGCCGCACCAUUUAAAGCGAAACCAGCUCCACCACGGAAACAACCACCUCCUUCAACAGCCGUCAAGGAACCGGCAGAGAAACAACCACCACAGCCACCCAUUACAUCUGCACCUGCCAGCACCACUAAAGCGAAACCGAAGAAGCCUCCAGUAAAAAAAUCUAAGCGAAUGGAAUUAUCGCGCCAACAUGCGCCUACUGAAUCUGUGCUGCAGGAAAGCCCUCAGGUUGCAGAGGAGAUGGAGGGUCAAUCGAUCGUCGAUACUACAACUGCAACUAUACCAGUGCUAUCUGAAGACUUACACGCACAUGCCACUGGAUCUCUUACAGAUGGAUUGGCCGAACAACAUAUCAGAAGGUCACCUUCUGAGGAUCAUUCUGACCAUGGUGAGUCAUUAUCUAUGGGGCAGCAAGAACCAACGAUGUUGGCUGUUGGGGAAGAAUGGCCGGAAAAUGAACACUUGGAACUCGUUAAUCAGACCCUGAAGGCUGAACAGGAAGAGACAGUGCAAAUACAGACCAUCCAAGAAGCGACAUCCCCUGAAGCAGGUAUUCAUACUGAAUUCACUGGUCUGGAAGAAGUUAGUGCAUAUAAGCCUGGGAGAGAAGAACUAUCUCCUCUGAUUGAGGAACAAACAGACACGAUUUCAGGAGUAUUGACUGGAUUGAAGGCUGGGCCUGAAGUGGAAUCUGCUAAACCAAAAACAAUCCCAUCAGAAAAUAGACUGGCUGAGUCAUCCAAUGCACCACUCGAUGGAACAUUGGAGACCAAACAGACAGUUGUAGACGAUGGAACUGUACUUAGCGGUGAACAGUCCAUUUUAGAAGAGCCGUUGCGCGUCAGUACUGAGGCAAGCGUUAUCGGUGGCGUAUCUGUAUUAACAGCAGAGACCGAUGAAGGUUCAAAACAAGCGGCUGCACAGAAGCUAAUACUUCAGUCCGAUGCUGUUACGGACAAGGUUUCCGAAGGCGAAAGACUAAGAAAGCAAGUAAACGAUGAAAAAAUCGUUGAUGUGGAGCUUGUCAGGUCAGAACCUGAAGAACAGUUUAUCUCUGAGAGAAGUGAAACUGUGAAGAGUAAAGCCACUAGUGGGCCGCAUCUCCAAGCUUCAGAGGAAGACCUAGGUGAAAUGCAACAAAAGCCGCAACAAGUCCACACCGGUGAUGCUCUUCAAUAUCAAGUGCGAGAUAGUCAACCAUUAGAAAUCACUCAGCCAACAGAAUCUGUUGGACAUGUUUCAGGGCCCAGUAUUUCGAAAACGACUUUGAAAGAUGAAAGUGGAGCAUCAUUGGAAUCGCCACCCGAUGCUCGUGAACCACCCGGUAAGACCACCGAAACGAACAAAGUUUCUGAACAACCAUUAGAGGAUCACAUUCCCGAUGCAGUUAGCGAGAAAGCAAUGAUAUCGCUGAGUCCAAAAGUAUCUUCGUUUAAAACGGCCUUGGAGGAUAAAGCUUACAAGAAGCAAGAGCUGCGAGGGGAGGAACGGAGAGUGAGCGGGAUAUCGGUAGAGACCUUGCCAACCCAGAAAUCAGAAGAUAUUCCGGGCAUAAUUCCAACAGAGCGAAAGCGUGAUGAGCGGUCAGAAGUUACUCGCACAUUAGAGGAGCCUUUCGUUGCUUCCUUUUCCCCAACACCGCAUUUGCUUCAGGAGCGCAAACACGACGAACAACCAUCAAUCACUCGUAAGGCAUCACUCGAUAACGUUCUGGAACCGCAAAAUCCGAGCGAGGAUGUAGAACUGAGAAAAUCAGCCGAAGAUAAAAUCAUGGAUGGUAGUAUGUUACCUGUCACAUUACCUAAACAGCCUACAGAUCAACAUGACGAACAGGUGCGCACUGAAGCAACAGACGUGCCUGAAGAACUUGGAGCCCCAUCAACCAUAUCCAUUGAAUCUGAUCAUAGUACUAGGGCAUCCGCACAAGAAAGAAAAGUCGACCUCAGUAAGCCCGUCACCUCAGGGAUUUCUGUAGGGGAACCUGCAGCAAUAGAGCAAGUGGCUGAAGAUGGACGAUGGAUGAAACAAAGGAUGGAUGAUGGUAUUGACGAAACGGCACCAUUGGGAACAUCAAAGGCCGCACCGAUUGAGGACCAGAGAGAGAUUGUAGUGGGUAGAGGCGAAAGUCCACAAGAUCAAAGUACCAUGGCCUCGAUACAAGAGAGAGAGACCGACCUCGUAAAGCCUGUCUCCUCGGAGAUCCCUGUAGGUGAACCAGCAGCAGUGGCGCAAGUGGCUGAAGAUGGACGAUGGAUGAAACAAACGAUGGAUGAAAACAUCAGCGAAACGGGAUCACUAGAAGCAUUAAAAUCAGAGAAAAUCGAUGGCCAGAGAGACAGCGAAAACCAACUGGCAUAUGUCAAAUCAGAAUUGAUACCUUUACCAACCACUUUGACACCUUCAGUUAAAGAACUUGAAGUUUCACGAGAACCAUUACCUGAAAAGCGGAUCUCCGACACUGUCAUUCGAGAAGCGGAAAUAACGAACGUGGAGUCCCGUAGUGGGGGUGCUCAACCAAUGAACUACGAUAGACCGGAAACUUUCAUGGUCAGAUCUGAUUUAGUUGGACCGCCACUUUACAGAACGCAAGAGCUUAGUGAAGGUGAGCCUAAACAUAUAUUAAUCGAUGAAGAAUUACUACUCGAUUCCUCAUCACCACUUCCAAGCGCAACUGCUGCAAUGGGCAGAGAUGUAGAGAAGACUGAAACGUACAUACCACUCAAGGAUAAUUUGGGCGAGCCUUCUUCGGGAGAGGGUCUUCAUUUGAGUGAAAAGAAACAGAUCCAUGGAGCACGUGGAAUAAUGAAAGUCCAUCCUCAUCUAAAGCUUGCAGGACCUGGUUCAGACCAUCAACUUGCAGAAAGAAAGCAAUAUGAAUCCAGUAGAAUUCAAGCUACUAGUGAACCUAUAGUUGUCACUAGAACGGAGGUUGAAACCGAAAUGACUAUUGAAACUGCUUGUAAAAACGACCGACUCAUGACAAAUGUGCGCGUACGUGUAUCAUCUCCGGAUUUGCUAACAAGAGACGGUGGAGCUUCACCUUUAUCUAGCCCUUCCUUUGGAGCUACCUCAGAAACUGAAGGCUGUGAGGAUGGUGAGCCAUUUGGUACGCUCACCCUUUCGGUAGACAUUCAAGUUGAUGUCAAGCUUGGCAAUGAUGGAAAACAUUAUAUAGAGCUGCAGCAGCAUGGUCCCGAAGAAAAACCAUUUGACGAAGAUAAUCAUGGAGAAGCAACCGAAGGGAAUGUUUUUGAUACGGCAUCUGUAAGAGGAAGCAGCUCAGCAGGUAAGGCACAGAACCUCCAGGCGCAAACUGGUAUCGUUCUUAAAACUCCUCUUAAAAAGACAUCUGGUUCCCGUCCACAAUCAGCUUCAUGUAUCAGAUCGUCUUUCCGAACUGAAUUUAGCUUCAACCAGCCAGAAGGACCUGCUAUCCACUCAGCUAGAAUUUCACCAUUAACAAGUGUUCCGGACUAUGAAAGCUCUCCACCGCCAAUCAAAACUCGGUCACCUGACUAUGAGUUAGACAGAACUGUCUUUGAUAAAGGCACAACAACCAGCCACUAUCGCGUCUCACCAAAAACCGGUGAGCACUGUGCUACGAUUACACCGACUCAGCACAUUAGUGGGAAUGAGUUGAAGCCGACCCGGGGGCCACAAGCGCGCGGAAGACGGGGACAAUCGGCCAGAGUUUCAGCGCGUGCAGCGUUGCUGGACUCCGGACAAAACUAUGGCUUCGUGUCAAAAAUAAGCGUGGAGAUUGGGCCUCUGGUUGAAGAUAGUCUAAUACAACCAGAUACACUCAAGAGUCAACCUGCAAAGGAAAAUGUGGUCAACCUGAUUGCACUACCUGGCUCGACUAGUGAGAUGGCACCAGCCGUUUCAACCAAAGUGGAUCCAAUAAAGAAACCGGAAGAACCAAAGUUGGUCAGCUUGAAAUAUUUCACUAGUGUGGACAAUGAGCCACUGGUGACAAAUGAAAUGGAUGUGAUACGAAAGAAAACGGUUCAAGUUCUAACAGAUGCGUCUGUUGUUGAGGAAGAAAACACAAAUCCAAAUACACAGACUGCAGACUCUCUGGUCACACCAAGAGAAGUGGUCGUUUCUAAUGAGUAUGAAUUGGAACUGGAACCAACGUAUUCUGAACACACAUCUCCUGGGCCGUUCUGCUCCAACAAAUACGAACUAGACACUAUUAGCCCAAUACAUCCAGAUGCAAUUUCAUCAGUCAAGGCAUUCGAGGCCAAGGAAUAUACACCAAUUGGUCUGUCUCCCGAAGCUGAAAAUGACGAAAGCCUGCAUGUGGAAUUAGUAAGGCGCGCCCUAGCAAAAGCUUCUAUGGAAGUCCAAAGGUCAGUUGAUUCUGAAUUCAAAGAUGAAAAUGAUCACCGGCAAUCCUAUAUAACUUCGGGGUCUGACCCGCAAGCCUUUACUGACCAACUCGUUGACCCAUCAGAGACACACGGCCGGCAAGUCCCACGAACAAAUGCCGCUGAUUCAACAUUGAAUUCGUUAUUAACCUCAUCAGUUAUAGAAAUCGUGUUUAAAACUGGUCGCGAAGGUCAAAUUGAACUCGACACAGUCAGUGGAAUCAACAUACGCACGUCUAUUGAGAAAAGUCAUCAGUCACUUCCAAGACAAGACGGCUAUCCAAGUGGUCGACACCGACCGGUCUCUCCAAGUUCACCGGAGACCACUGAGAAUGUUAGGUCACAGCAGUCGGUGACAGAACAGAGGAUUUUGUCUCCUAUGGGUAAAAGAAAUUCUCAUGAAAUACACAUGCAGUUGUCAACUUCACUUGAUGCGUAUGCACCAGGACCGCUUUGCAAACCUGAUAAAUGCCCUCAAGAACUAGCCAUGCUAAAAUCUUCCGAGAUCAAAUUAUCAGCAUGUAGGUGUGCUCUAAACAAAUGCACUUGCUUUGAACAUGGCCAAAGCACAACUCCUGGUCAAGGAACAAAAAUAAUGAAACUGUCGUCAGUUACCAGCCAACCAGAUAAGGGUUGUAUUCUUAAUCUGGCCGUAUCUGUGAUACAUGCAGAUGAGGGGGAACUUGAACUCACAACACAGAUUAGUACGUCAAAAAAAGUGAGAUCAGAAGAUGGUCAUCGAGAUAGCCGAAACACUUCUCCAAAUGUAAGAGGACUUGGAGAAGCGCACACAGCUAGGAACAGUCCACAAACACCAACCGGUCUGGCUAAUUUGGAUGAUUCCACAGUUGCACCAAAAUCCAUUACAUUCAAUGUGUCAACUACCACGAAAAUAGAUAUUCCAAAACAGAAUAUGGUAAACUGUGACCUUUUUCACAGUAAUGAACAACACCUUGUGAUCUCAAACCCAGACAACAGUGAACUACCAGUUCCGCCUCAACGGCAGUCCAAUAUGUCACCACAACCCUUGCAAAAGCACAACGUAACCGGCGUUAAGUUCGUGCAAGAAAUCACGCAAGAAUUGAACGCCAAUGAACUAUUCCAUUCUGCGUGCCCAAUCACCCUGGAAAAUGAAACCACAAUAUUUGAAAAUUCGAACAACAGCGAACGCCGAAAAAGCAGAACAAAUCAGCUUUACCUUCCACUGAACCAGCCUAUCUGUCCAUCAAAGUCAAGUGAUGAAUUUGAUGGUGUAAACCAUAACUUGGUUAACAGCACUGUGUUACGUUUGUGCAACCGGGAACUCGGUGGAAAAGUGUUAAAAACUGAGUUCGAAACAGAUUUGGGAGUAGCCGGUCAUAAAAAAUCUUUGGAUACUUUGGUCUAUGAUGUUCAGACCAAACUGAAGUCAAAGCCAUGCACAAGUUGUCGUCCUGAGGAGUUUUCAUUUGGCAAUGAUAACUGCCGAUGCUGGUCGAAUAACAACACAGAAUUGCUUGAUUCAGGAAUAUGGCAAUGUUUCGGACAAAGGGCGUAUGCGGACGAUGCAGCUUCGGCAUUUCAAAUGCUGAAUGUAAGACAAAACAUGCACUCUGGACACACAACAAAUGUGAGGGAAUAUAGCAUUACGUCAGAUGAACAAAAAGCCGUCGGUUAUCUUCAUGAACACGCGUUUUUCUGUCCCAGCGUACGAUUCUCCACUGCCCUCUCGGCAUGGGAACAAAGUGCUAGUGGUGUUGGUUGUCGGUUUGGACGCCUAGUGGAAGAACAUUCGUUACCUGUGGGCUAUGGGUUUACAGAAGCUGACGUGGCAUCCAACACACCGCAUCGCUCUGUCAGUCAACGGUGGGAGGAUUCACGUCCAGUUUGCCUGCUAGUGCAAGAUGAACUAAUUUCCGAGAGUGAAUCGACCUUAAGACAGUGGAACCAACCGUGCAGAGAUUCACCUUAUUCGACAAGAACCAGUAUCACAAAGGGUUCACAUGUGCAAGGCGGUUUCUAUUUGACAAACACCGGUAUCACGAAAACCCACUCACCUCUUUUUAUUGCCGUACAGAAAUCAGUUAUUCCAGGGGUUGCUAUACAAGUAAGAGAGUGGUUGGGAACCUCAGUUACCCUGUUUCCGACCACAAAUGAACAUCCGUGGCCGGAAUUCCGUAUACCACUUGAAACUAGUUGCCCUAAUUCAGGCAGGUGCAGAAUGACCUCCACUGAUUCUGAAUAUGGAAUCACCUUGCUUCUUAAUUCAAUAGAGCAAUGGUUAUUACUGGAAGAUAGUGAAGUCGAGGUAUCACCGGCUGAUAUGUUCUUUCUCCACAAACAUCGCCAUUCAGUGACCUUCCUACGAACACAAUCACAAAACGACAAAAGUCUUAGAAGCAAUCCAAGCGCUCAAGUAAGCGAGAAAUCUCAGGACAUUGAGGUCCCAGCUGAACCUAUUCAGGAAAAAUCUGGGGCAUCAAAAAAAAGUAGCUGUCAUGGACCUCGAAUGUGCUCAUCGACUGCUUUGGAUGACGGCAAUGAACGGAUGCCUUUUUAUAAGAAUUUGGCAUGGAACUAUCAUCAAAUUGCGUCCACUGGUCAUCUUCGAGACAGUUUGUCAGAGUGCUCGUCAGAUAUGUUCCAGGAAACCCAGUUAAAUUUCAAACUGAGAUACAGCGAACCUGAUAGUGAAAAACACUGGAAAAGACACCAGGCAUGUAAAAUGGAAGCUUUCAACUUUGUGUCCAUUCUUAAGCCUUCUACUUGCCUAUUGCUUGAGGUACUGUGCUACAGUGUUCUUGAAGAGACCAACUGUGAGUCAGUAGAAAAUCUCAUUCCCUUAUUGGGAAGCAUCGAACCAGUGCCUACCGAUACGCAGGAAUCUAUUGACUCGUCAGCAAGCUUUGCAACAUCCAUACCUCAAGAGAAGGAUUUGUCCAGGUCAAACAGCUCAGUUGACAGUGUACUGUCCUCAAGUACACUACCGAUUUGCUUAAGGCAGCCCACUUACAAUACGGACGAGCAUUCUUCUUACUUAUCGUCAUAUGGAUGUGGGAAUUCGGUGUCAGGCAGCAAAACGAAUAACGAACUAUACGCCCCCUUUGAUGACGAGACUAGUUCACAUUCAACAGAUUCCUACGGAGAGAAGAAACGUUCGUUUGUUUCACGAACAGACCCUGAUAUGAGAGCUCAUUCAUUGGACCGACAUAUGGUGCCGGCAUUUAAUUACGUAGCAGAAGUGCGGAAACUCAAAAGUACCAUUCAUCUAUGCGACAUGUGCCUUGAAACAAACUGCCCAAAAAGUUGUGACCCAACAGUUACGCUUUCCAGUUUGCUUACAGUACCCACAACUGGCAGACAAAGUCGGCCAGAAUCUCAACGUAAUGGAAUGGAUUUCCCACCGAAAGGUGCAAAUUCACAUUUGAUUCACGAUUAUUCUUCUCAGAUAGAGCCAACAACUAAACCGAAGCAGUUCAAAAUUCAUGGGAACAAAGAAACGCUGUGGUCUUCUCUGGCAGUCAAGCUAUGCAAUACAACCGCAGUACCGAUUAUUGUUACCCAAAGUUACUCUUUUAAUACUGUGGAUAGGUCCUCAACGUGUGAUAGCUUGCAACACUCUGGUCAUAAAUCAAGUGAAUAUGAUGAAACAGUGCAUAAGCUAACAGAGCCAGAUGAACCCAUGCAGUCAAACCCGCUAACAAUUGACAGAUAUUCAACACACAAACACGAUUCACUUCCAGUCAUGGCCUUACUGGAAAUCACUGAACACUGUGCCAUGAGUGAUGGAAUGACUGAAGUUGGUUCCAGAGAAAUGGACAAAGUGUGUUGGCUAGUUUCCACCGAAUCACGCGUGUGCAUGGAUUCAAACCCCAAUACAAGUUCCUCAACAGCUGGAAAUCACCCAUGCAUGAGCACUACCCCAUUUCGAUGUCUCCUCAGUUUAUGCUACGUUGAUUUAUUAUCUGCUGAGAGCAUCCGCCUUUUGGAACCCGAAGGAGUGGUUGUUAAGCCCCAGUUUGUCGAACAAUGGACAUUUCAAGUAGCUUUCGAGUUGCUUGCUGCGUAUUUUGACACAUUUUUCCAGUAUCCACAUUGUGCAUUAUCUGACUACUGUUUUAAAACCUGCCUUAAAAUACGACCAAAUUUUCGCGGGCCUGAAUCUGUAGACAUAGUGUCCGAUCGGAACGUGAGGAAACUGAGCAACGCAGCUGACUGUCGGAUAAAUGCCGUCCAAUCUACCAGCAAAACGUUAGCAAAACUAGCAUCGAAAACUUCAGUUUUGCCGACCGAUCAACUUACAUGUCCUGAUUUUCUGCCAUCCAGCGCUCAAACGACACGACAAAGUCUACCGAAUGACCACAAGACAGCAACAACAACGCUGUACAAGCAUGGGGAUUUGAUGGGCUACAACUAUAACCGUACGCAGGUACACCUUACCCGGGGCGUCGAACAGUGCACGUUCAAAGCUGCGUAUCCGUCAACGGCUGACUAUUCACGUUCGCAGCCGACUCGAUUGUUGAAACUGAUAAAAACCGCUUUGGAAGCACCGCUGCGACCGGCUUGUGCACUGAAUCACUACACUGUACAAACUGUACAACCACUACUGAAAGUUUACGCAUUCAGUGAGCUGAUCGGCAACUCCUUUCCCUUAUGCCACACCGGCACUACUCAGAAACAAAGUUGGUGCACUAUUCUGAAGUCUGGGUUGAAUGUGGAUUCACAGGAUUCCAGAUGUCUUCCACUAAAAGGCGUUGCAAUCCCACACCUUCCCACCGUUCGGCGAUUGUCACUCCCUCUCACCAUUAUCAACUCCAUGGAACUGGUAUUUAGUGUUCCGCUCACCGUGAAACCAUUCAAGAAAUUGAAGGCGCAUCGUUCUAUUCCUCGAACGUCAAUAGCUUUAACCUGUCUUAUAAAGACUGCUUAUCUAACCAAAAAGGUCUCUCUUGAAAACACAUCGUAUGACCGGGCCAGGACAAUGACAGACACCUCACACCAAACCAUGGAUCUGACAACCGCGUCUGAGUUGUCUAACGGUCACCAACGUCCGUGUUCAGUACCCGAAAGUUUCUCUACACUAACUAGAUCAGAUAUCAGCAAAACCUUUCAGACAUCUAUACCAGAAGCUGAGGGGCUUGAAGGAUUCUCCGAGAACAGCUAUACUGGCGAAGUAAGCAUAAAUUCAAAUCGCUUAUCAAAUGUCCUUCCAUCAUCCGAUAGGAAUAACAAAAGAACUCCACUUGCUAAAGGCAAAGUCAAACAACAUGCACCAACUUCCGUAACUAGUGUUGUGUCCAAGGUGGAAAAGCCCAACUCAUAUGGUAAAUCUAUGGAGAAUUUAGUGAAAGGAGACCGACGACGUCAGUGGUCGAUUCCACCAGUGAAACAAAUGGUCAAAACGAUUUACGCAGGUGGUAAACAAAUGUUGAAACCAGGUAAGACGGGAAAACAGACGCGAAAAGCUGAUCCCUUCACAGGGUCCCUAUUGCCUGUUGCUGGUGAUGUUGGUGCCGACACUAUGGAAAAACCAGUUAAAUCCUCUCCGGUUUCGCACCAUUCGUCUGGAAAUUCCAAGUCCUUCAUGCACCGAGCUGGCAGGCAUAUGUCACGCAAACAGAGAUCGUCAAGCUCUAGCUCAACAGCUAGUCGGCUGUUCCAGACACUGAAUGACGCUGAUUCAAGGAAAACGGAACCACCAGGCACAUCGCCAUACACAAAAAGCCGCAUUCCCAUUCCUGUUCAACAUCCGAUCAGUAUGAUGAACGGUUGUUGGAACCGACUCUCACUCUUUCAAACGGCUCGAAACCAAACUAACGCACCCGUCCUAGUACACGGCUCAGAUAGCACUUGUGAGCAUAGAAUUCAGUGUGAUCGAAAAAUAAGUUCUAUUCUGUAUUCUAGUGCGACCAGCUCAUGCAGUCACACUCCAGCCAGUGCGCUUUCAAGUUAUGCUAUUAAACGGAAGUGUUUUACCAAUCUUGGCAAAACGCAAAAGAGGGAAACCGCCAAAGCGUUGAAUACCUCGGAUACGCGAAGCAGAAGCGCACUGAAGCAGGUCUCACUUAAUAGAUUUCCCUCUGUGUCUAGUCGAAUUCCAAAGCUUAUCGGUGAUGACCCGAAUUCAGCUGGGAACAAGCAUUCUGUAUUCGCGCGAAUUCGAACAGGCAUCAGUGCUGAUCACCACAAAGUAUGCGACAUUAACCAUAUAUGUAUGGCAACCCCUCUGAAAAAAACAGCUGGUCGAAGUAUGGUCACGCCGAAGCGUGAAAAAAAGUUCAAAACCAGUAGAAAUAACUAGAAAUGUAUUCAUGUACCGAUCAAGCAAAAUAACGCAGUUUGAGGAUCCUAACUCUCUCAACAUCAGAGAACAACACCGAACGAAAUGCAUAGAAAGACUUCAGGUCAAUGAAUCCCGUUCGUCAAACGACUACGAAGUAGUGUUUGCUUUGAACCAUUUUGUUUGGCUACUCUUUUACCUGCAAAUGCAGCACACGUCUGACCUAUAUGUCAACUGAGUGAAUAUGAUCCCAACAACAGCAACAACAACUCAGUCAUGCACUGUUUCAGCAAAAGAGGAAGCAAAUGCAUUUCCAUAUGCAUGUAUCUGUACGCUGCUUCCUUUCACACUGGUUUCCACAAAUACUGCAUGAUUUUUGUAAACAGUACUUCUU